GUGCUCCUUCCAUCAGCUCCAGUAGUCACAAAGAAGAAGAAAGUGCCAAAGGAAGGAAAAGUAGCUGCCUCCUCUCUGGCUCCACCUACAUCCCCUGCUGUGUCUGAUGAUGACCACCAAGGUGUUCCGCAGUCCAGGUCGCCAUGGUUACGCCGUGGAGGCCUCUCCGUUCAUCCCCAACAGAUUAGCCUGCGCUGCGUCACAGUACUACGGGAUAGCAGGUUCUGGUUCCCUGUUGGUUCUGGAUCAGACGGAUGCUGGGAUGUUCCUGGUCCGGAGCUGGGACUGGGGCGACGGCCUUUUUGACGUGGCGUGGAGCGAAGCUAACGAGCACGUCUUGGUGGCGGGAGGCGGAGACGGCAGCCUGCAGCUGUGGGAUUCAGCCAAUCAGACGGCUCCGCUCAGAGUGGCCAGAGAGCACACCCAGGAGGUUUACGCGGUGGACUGGAGUCAGACCAGAGGGGAAAACCUGCUGGGGUCCGGGUCCUGGGAUCGGACCGUUAAAGUGUGGGAUCAGAACCUGGGCCCGUCGCUGGUGACGCUCAGAGGUCACGAAGGGGUCGUCUACAGCGCCAUCUGGUCUCCUCACAUCCCAGGAUGCAUUGCUUCCGCCUCAGGAGACGGGACGCUCAGAGUUUGGGAUGUUAAGGCCGCCCUGUGCCGAUUGGCUGUCCCUGCUCACAAAGCGGAGAUCCUGAGCUGUGAUUGGUGUAAAUAUGACCAGAAUCUGUUGGCCACCGGUUCUGUGGACUGCAGCGUGUGCGUUUGGGACCUGAGGAACGUCCGACAACCCGUCAGCCGCCUGCUGGGACACACCUACGCCGUCCGCAGGGUCAAGUUUUCUCCGUUCAGUCAGACGCUGCUGGCCUCCUGCUCCUACGACUUCACGGUCCGGUUGUGGGACUUUGGUCAAAGCCAGCCUCUCCUGGACACCGUGGAGCAUCACUCAGAGUUUGUCUGUGGAUUAGACUUCAACCUGCACGUCCCCCACCAGGUUCUGGACUGCUCCUGGGACGAGACGGUGAAGAUCUACUCCCCUGCCUGCCUCACUGCGGGGACCCGCCCAGCAGAACCCUGACACGGCGGCGCCGGCGGGUUCUGCUGGCUGGAUCUGGACUCCAGUCUGGGAAGAACCGAUUCCCAACCCGCCAGGGAGGUUUCAGAACCACAACCUCUGACUUAAAGCUGUUGGUUCUCCUCAUGACGGCCCGUAGUCUUCCUCACUAACAUGGACCCAGAACCUUUGGAAGAUGGAGCCAGACAGGCCCGCAGCAUCACACCUCUUCCUGCGUGCCUUACAGCUGUUUGUUUAUUGAUUUGCUGCUGGUUGUAAAUAUGCGUCCUGAUCUGUAGCAGAGGGCGGUGAUGUCGUUCAGAUAACGGCUAAAAAACGAUCAGAAAAGAAUCGACUCUAAAUGACGGGAUGGAACGGAUGGCUGACAUUAGAACGGAGACGCAGCUCCACUGGUUCUGCUCUUUAUUCUCCUAAAACCAUCAGAUUCUGACACAGACUCAUCCGGUACCAUCGGGUUUCUGCUUUGUUUUUUCCACUCAGAUGGUCUGAAGAUGAUGAGUUUAAACUCACAGGAAAGUCUGAGUGAAACCCACAGAACCAGCAGAACCAGUCAGAACCAUGUCCUCUGACUGGUUCUGGUGGACUGCAGGCAAAUGUGUAGCCCAGCAGAACCAGCUAGUCUGACUGGCCUGAUCCGUUAAUUAAAGCGAACGGCGCUCUGCUCACCUGUGGGGGGGGGGUGACGGCCUGCAGCUGCCGGGUUAAUUAGCGGCUAACAGGCGGCGGCUCUGCAGCUCGUUUCCACGGCGGUCAGGAGGACAGAGGCUGAUCUGCUGCUUCCUGUCAUCAAGCGUUCCAGUUAGCUUGAGGCGGGUCAUGAGGCGCAGUCAGAGGUCUUCUCCAUCAGAACCAUCAGAACCAGAACUUUUUGGACCAUCUCUGAGUCCAGAGUAAAAAUCAUGAAGGAGAUGUUUGAUGGUUGAUAAAUUAAUGUCAAAAAUCUAAACGAUCAGAAUGAUUUCAGAACCACAAGGAAUCAAGUUUUUGGUUUCAACUGAUUUAGAUUUAAUUUCAUAUUCAUUUUAUCUCCUGAUUACUUCAUUUCAUCUUUGGGUUUUGCCGUAGACCUUCUAUUAGUUCUGUUUGGGUUUUGCCAUAUUAACCUGCUUUGCUGGGUUUGCUGAACUGGUUUGGUUUUUGUUCUCUUUCUUAUUUCUAGUUAUUUUUGUCUUCAGUGAUUAUUUCUGCUACUUCUUUGUGUUUGUUUAAAUUUUUCUCUGAAUAGAUUCUGUUUCCUGUGUUCUGCUCUGUUUAAGCUCUCUAUGCUCGUCCCCUGGUUCUAUUUUUAUUUAUUAAACAUUAUUAGCUGGCCUUGCUGUGUCCGAGCCGCUGUCUGCCGUCAGAGGAAAACAUCCCGGAUGGAAAGCUUCCCAAGUAUGGAGUAAAUUUUGUUCCAUUAUUGUUCCAAGCAAAGAAAAUAUUUUGUAAAAGAAAAAUUGAGAAAAAUGCAAUCAGAACUAAAAAAGUUCAUCAAUAAAAGGUUACAGAGUCA